CAUGACCAAAUAUUAAACGUUUCAAUGGUCAAAGCACUACAAGAGGAAGAACAAAACCAAAAUGUUACUUGUCAGGAAAAUGCAAGUUUUAGCAAUCAUAUACAACUAAUUAAACGUAUACAACAUGGACUACAGCAUUACCAGCAGCUUGUUGAUGCAGAAAAGCAAUUUAGAUGUAAAAAAUGUGCAGAAUCGUUUUCGCAUUUUAACUUUCUGAAAAGACACAAAAAAAUUCAUGCAAAUCACAAACCUUAUGAGUGUAGUAAAUGUAACAAAUUAUUCCGUUAUGUUUCUGAAUUAAAAAUGCACAAAAAAACUCACAUUGAUAAUAACAUUCAUCAAUGUUUGCAAGAUGAAAGAUGCCAAAAUGAAAUUUGUCAUUUCAAAAAAUGUACAAAAGAAAACAUCAAAUUGAUAAAGCAACGAAAUUUUGCAGGAAAAAGAAACAAUUCACUAGUCGAGAAGAAGCAAACACUUAACCUUUGA